UACGCCGUUCCCUCUGGAGUUCCGUACAGUGCGAUUCUCGAGUUUUCAUAGCAUUGUCGGAGUUGUAAUUCAGUGAGCAGCUGAUCGUUCGGCAGAUGUUCUCUUGCUUCCCGCUUCCUUCCCGAGAUUGAUUGCUCUCUGCUCCUCAUUGAUUCCUUUGGUGCAAAGAUCGCGUUGAGCCGCAUUGAGGAGGUUUAGCAUCUGAUUAUGCCGUCAUCAACAAAACAAACUUGUAGGGUUUCCGGGUCGGACGUGGUUCGGGUGUUCCCUUAGCUGUUGCGAAGGGAUUGAAUUAUGGAAGUCCCCGAGCAGAAUUGCUUGGAACAAAAUUCUCCGGAAGCGUCGAAUGUCGAUGGAGUCACCGAUGAGGUGAAACAAAGAUCAAUCGAUCAGAGGCCGGCUCUGCCCGGGGACCCGAAAUGUGUGAUUUGUGGCCGCUACGGGGAGUACAUAUGUGAUGAAACGGACAGCGAUAUUUGCAGCUUGGAAUGCAAACAAGUCCUGCUACGCAAGGUUACUAACUCGGAAUCGAGUGCUAGAUUGCCCGCAACUGAUGAGUGCUAUUAUGUGAGUGAUACCGCUGGUGAAGCUGGGUCUCGAUCCUUAAGUGCGAAUCAAACUUCUUUGCUGAGGAAGAAACUAGAUAUCUUUGUGAAGGGAGACUCUGUUCCGCUGCCUAUUCUGUCCUUCUCCUCGUGUCCUCUCCCUCAAAAACUCAUCCUAAAUAUGGAAGCUGCGGGCUAUGAACUGCCGACGCCAGUUCAGAUGCAAGCGAUCCCCGCUGCUUUGACUGGCAAAAGCCUGCUCGUUUCAGCUGACACAGGGACGGGAAAAACAGCAUCCUUUUUGGUUCCAAUCAUCUCACAAUGUGCGAUUCGUGGUUUCAGGAACCCUUUGGACAGGAAAAACCCGCUAGCUAUUGUUCUGGAACCCACUAGGGAGCUGUGCAUACAAGUCGAGGAGCAGGCUAAGUUGCUUGGGAAGGGGUUGCCCUUCAAAACUGCUCUUGUUGUUGGAGGUGAUCCAAUGGCAGGGCAAAUCUACCGCAUUCAGCAAGGAGUUGAGCUGAUUGUUGGAACUCCAGGAAGGGUUAUUGAUUUAUUAACCAAGCACGAUGUACAAUUAAUUGAAGUAAAGGUUUUUGUUUUGGAUGAGGUUGACUGCAUGCUUCAAAGGGGUUUCCGUGAUCAGGUGAUGCAGAUCUUUGUGGCACUAUCACAGCCCCAGGUGUUGAUGUAUUCAGCGACAGUUUCUCAAGAAGUCGAGAGGAUGGCAAACUCCUUGAUGAAAAACAUCACUGUUAUAUCUGUCGGGAAGCCUAAUUGUCCAACCAAGGCCGUGAAGCAGAUACCUAUCUGGGUCGAGACAAAGCACAAGAAGCAGAAGCUUUUUGACAUCCUGACCAGCAAACAGCACUUCAGUCCACCAACAGUGGUCUAUGUAGGUUCGAGGCUUGGAGCGGAUCUCUUGUCCAAUGCAAUAACUGUUGCAACGGGAAUGAAGGCUCUAUCGAUCCAUGGUGAGAAGCCUAUGAAGGAGAGGAGAGAGGUCAUGAGUUCAUUCCUGAUGGGGGAUUGUCCUGUGAUUGUGGCGACCGGGCUUUUGGAUCGGGGAGUCAACCUAUUUUCCGUGAGGCAGGUAAUCAUCUUUGAUAUGCCGAACUCUAUUAGAGAGUACGUGCACCAAAUCGGGAGGGCAUCAAGGCUUGGAGAGGAGGGCCAGGCAAUUGUGUUUGUGAACGAGGAGAGCAAGAACCUGUUUCCGGAACUGGUGGAGCAUUUGAGAUCCUCUGGAGCUGCCAUCCCAAGGGAGCUUCAGAAUUCACGAUACACUGUUGCACCUGCUUUCCGAGGCAAUGGCCAAAGAAAGCGAAAGCACGGGCGAUGAAAGUCGGAGCUUGGAAAAGCUCUUUUCCGUUACUUUUCCCUGCAAAUCGCAUCACUUUGAAUAUAAAUUUGGAUGUAACGGCAUUUAUAUUGGUUGGAGGAGAAAUUUUGUAGAGUCUAAUGUGAUCAUCUAAGCUCUGUAUGGCUUAUGUUCAGAUGAUCUACGACUUUGUUUUUCCUGCAGAAAGUCAUGUUCUUUACAGACGAUGACGAAUGAACCGAACAUAUAUUGCACAACAUAGGAUUAAUCUUGCA